AGAGAGCGAGAGAGCGCAGGCUGGGGGAUGUGUAAAAGAAGAAGCGUUGCUAAUUUUUUUGUUUGUUUGCUUUUCCAUGCAUGCAUAAUGAGGCCUAAUCAGAGCACGCUGCUGCUGCUCGGAGGGCACUUUUGUAUUUAAAGCCUUGCAAAGAAAAAAGAUCCACAGACGGAUCCGCAGAGCAGCUUGCAGGGCUUGUUGACAACAGAGGCAGCAUCAGUCGCCCAGAGAGAAAGAGAGACCCUGAAGCCCGACUUUUUUCCUUCCCCCGUGCUAUCUUCCUGCUAACGGGGAGAGAGAUUUCUUCUCCCUUCUUCCCGAAAGUGCAACCGGUACCGAGAGGGAGUAAGCAGAGCCGGGACUGUGAAUGGGAUCGGAGCGGCUGGCAUGUGCAGAGAUGCUGCGAGCGGAGUGUUAAAAGCUCCCGAAGAGGCAGCAGCAGCUGAGCAUUUAUUCUGUGCAAAAACAGAGAGGAAAAAAAAAAGAGAAACGGAUCUGCACGAGGAGCAGAGCAGCACCAUGAGCUCUCCCGGCGCAGCCUGCAAGCUCCCGAGCGCACUCCGGAGCCGCUCUCCUCCGAGCCCCCGUUUGUACUGAUCCCCCCACCUCUCCGGGCGCCUUCGCCGCCGCCUCGCAAGCCGGGAGCAGCUGGUGGGGGGCACGGGACGGCCCCGGGGCGCGCUUGCUUCGUCCUGCGGCCCCGCCGGUUUCAGCUCCCAGGGGCUGGAGGGGCGCAGAGCCCGCGCGGAUGGAUUGAUGCGAGGAGACCUCAUGCACACGGUUAGCAGGAGUUCUGAAAACUUUUCCACCGGCGGCAACUGCUCCUUCUCCUCCUCCUCGUCUACGAGCGCCUCUCUCCCGCGACCCUGCGGCACCAGCCGCCGCCGCCUCCCGCGAUGGUGGCCCGCUCGCCCGCUCGGCACGGAGGCGGUAGCGGCCGCCGGUUGCCGCGGCCGGCCGCCUGGCUGUGGCUGGCGGCGGCGCUGGGCGCCGUGUGGCCGCCGCGGGGCUCGCUGGUGCAGGGCCGGCGGCUGAUCUGCUGGCAGGCAGUGCUGCAGUGUCAGGGGGAGCCCGAGUGCAGCUACGCUUACAACCAGUACGCCGAGGCGUGCGCCUCCGUGCUCCUGCAGCAGCCGCCCGCGGGAGGCGGCGGGGAAGGGCCGGCGGCCGCUGCAGCCUCCGCUGCCUCCUCCAGGCGGCGGUGCCCCAGCCACUGCAUCGCGGCCCUCAUCCAGCUCAACCACACCCGGCGCGGCCCGGCCUUGGAGGACUGCGACUGCGCGCAGGACGAGAACUGCCGCGCCACCAAGCGCGCCAUCGAGCCCUGCCUGCCGCGCACCAGCAGCCCCGCGGCGGGCGGCGCCGGCGGCGGCGCCGGCGGCGGCGUCAUGGGCUGCACGGAGGCGCGGCGGCGCUGCGACUGGGACAGCCGCUGCAGCGUGGCGCUGAACCGCUACAUGACCUACUGCGGGAAGGUCUUCAACGGGCUGCGCUGCACGCCGGAGUGCCGCGCCGUCAUCGAGGACAUGCUGGCCGUGCCCAAGGCCGUGCUGCUCAACGACUGCGUGUGCGACGGGCUGGAGCGGCCCAUCUGCGAGUCGGUCAAGGAGAACAUGGCCCGCCUCUGCUUCGGCGCUGACAUGGGCAACAACGGCGCCGGCAGCAGCGGCGGCUCCGACGGCGGCCUGGAGGAAUACUACGACGAGGACUACGAGGAGGAGCCGAGCCAGAAGGGGAGGGACGAGCUGGAGGACAAUACGGGCUCCGAGCCCGGCUUCCCCAUGCAGACGGAUAGCGCCGGCCGAGCCGCCGGCACACCCGCCCGCGCCGCCUGGGCGCUGCUGGCCUCCAUCUUACUGCUGCUGCCGCGGCUCUAGCGAUCCCGCCUCCUUCCCCUCCUCCGCCUUCGUUCUCGUCCCCCAUUUGCUUCAGGGCUGGCCGUGGCCGGCGGCUCGGGAGGUUCCCGCUCGCCUUGUCCCUCACACACACACACACGCGGAGACGCGCGGGGGUCCGCAGCGCGGGAGGCGUCGGCGGUGCCCGGGCGGCGGGCGUUGGGGCCUCAGAACGAAGGGGGAUUUAAAUCUCGACCGUUAAUCUGCGACCGUUGGUCCGGGCAGCGUGCUGCCGCGCGCCUCCCGCCCCUCACCCAGACACCUCCUGGAGCUGGACGUUCCCCCCCUCUUGCUGAUGAUCCCAACAGCGCCUGUCCAGGCACUUUUUUUCGGCCUCAUGUCUGACCCUCCCCCAAGAGCGUUUUGCUGGUGAUGCUCCCCCCCCCGCUCCCGCUUUUUUUUUUUUUUUUUUUUUAAUUCGCUCUGGCCUGGUGAGCCAGCAGCCGUGGCGUUCGCGGGACCGAAAAAGAUGGAGGGAGAGGUGCCGGGCAGUGGGUUUUAUUUUUGUUUGUCUUUAGUGUGCACUAUGCAAUUUCUUCUACCCUGGCUUCUUGUUAGCAGCAAGCAGGUGAGCUUAAAAGAGAGACUGCUACUGUAGGUUUCUUAUUGCCACCAAGGUCAAAAAAAAAUGCUAAAAGCUGUUUUUUAGCGUUUGACAUGAAGGUUAGAAAAAGGUAAGCUACCCAAACUUGCUGCCAAAACUGUUGUCGUACUAGUUUGUUAAAGACUUGACUACAGUUCAUCAAGUAUCACUAUUCAUGGUACAGUGAUGCCCAGAAGAGGGUUGGUUAUACUGCAUCUGCCUUUAAUUAAAUUUAAGACUGUAACAGUGUGAAUGAAUUUGGUGUUUUACAGCACGCCCUCUUGCACACAAAUACUCCCUAUAACAAAAGCUUGCCAGCAAAAAUCUCUUUCUCUUCAACCUAACGACAAAAAUGCUGAUUUUUUUCAGAGUUGUUGGCUAUACUGAACAAUGCAACUUUUGUUUUAAAAGAGCUCUGCACUGCCAUCUUUGAAAGACACUUUUAAAUUCAAGAACAUGUAUGUACAAAUAUCCUGAAAAGUUAUAUUGCCUCUUCUCAUAUCAGGGUGCUGACCUCUGGUAAAUCUUAUAUAAAAAUGUAUUUAAAACUGGGAUUUGUUACCAGUUGCUCUUCUUUGUAUAUAGAAUUUUAUAAAUUGUAUGCUUUGGGAAUAAUUUAUUUUUAAAAAAUAAAAAGUUUUAAAUCCACAUGCUAUUUGCCAGAUAAUUGCAUUUGCUGUUCUUUUUCUGGGAAGGUACAGAUUUCGUUUCAUGUUUAAAGGGAUACCAGCAACAAUGAAGUAUUCUCUAGAACAUCAAAUGUACAGUGUAUUUUAUAGUUUUGAAGUUAACUUUCUUAUUUGGAGAGACUUUAUGAACGUUGUAGAAUUGUAUAAAUGCAUUUCCGAGCUGCCUUAAACCUUGUAUUUUUUAUAGAAGGCAUAAAAGGCCUAUGUUUUAAAUA